AUGUUAGCUUUCCGCGUGCUUUCAUCAGGCGGCGGGGCCGGCAGCCAGAAGGGAGCGGGGAGAAGGGAGCCUUCCAAACAACUAUUGUGCGCCUAUUUUGAGCUGGAGAAUAACAGCGGGCGGCCGCGGGGCGCGGGAUGGCAUCGGAUGGCGACGGAUGGCAUCGGAGGGCGACGGAUGGCGGUGGAUGGCGACGGAUGGCCUCGGAUGGCGACGGAUGGCGACGGAUGGCAUCGGAUGGCGGUGGAUGGCGACGGAUGCUCAGAGCCCGGGAGCGUCCCGCCCGCCGCCCGCGGAGGAUGCCCCCGAGGAGGCCGGGGCCCGCCUAGGGGGGCCCGCCUAGGGGGGCCCGAGGCCCGGGCCAUGGGCGCCCACCCGCUGCCGGGCCCGGGCGGGGUGGCGGGCUGCGGGCCGGGCCGGGUGGUGGGCGGCCGGCGGAGACCCCCGCGGCGGCUGGUGCCCCUGGCCUACAAGCAGUUCAGCCCCAACGUGCCCGAGAAGACCCUCGGGGCCAGCGGCCGCUACGAGGGCAAGAUCGCGCGCGGCGCGGAGCGCUUCAAGGAGCUCACCCCCAACUACAACCCCGACAUCAUCUUCAAGGACGAGGAGAACACCGGCGCCGACAGGCUCAUGACCCAGCGCUGUAAGGACCGCCUGAACUCGCUGGCCAUCUCGGUGAUGAACCAGUGGCCCGGGGUGAAGCUGCGGGUGACGGAGGGCUGGGACGAGGACGGCCACCACUCGGAGGAGUCGCUGCACUACGAGGGCCGCGCCGUGGACAUCACCACCUCCGACCGCGACCGCAACAAGUACGGGCUGCUGGCCCGGCUGGCCGUGGAGGCCGGCUUCGACUGGGUCUACUACGAGUCCAAGGCGCACGUGCACUGCUCCGUCAAGUCCGAGCACUCGGCGGCGGCCAAGACGGGCGGCUGCUUCCCGGCGGGGGCGCGGGCGCGGCUGGAGAGCGGCGCGCCGGUGGCCCUGUCGUCCCUGCGGCCCGGCGACCGGGUGCUGGCCAUGGGCGAGGACGGGCGGCCCACCUUCAGCGACGUCCUGCUGUUCCUGGACCGCGAGCCCGCGGCGGCCCGGGCCUUCCUCGUCAUCGAGACCCUCGACCCGCCCCGCCGCCUGGCCCUGACGCCCGCCCACCUGCUCUUCGCCGCCGACAACCGCACGGCGCCGGCCUCCCGCUUCCGCGCCACCUUCGCCAGCCGGGUGCGGCCCGGCCAGUACGUGCUGGUGGCCGGCGGGCCGGGGCUGCGGCCGGCGCGGGUGGCCGCCGUGGGCGCCCGCCGGGCCCGGGGGGCCUACGCUCCCCUCACGAGCCACGGCACCCUGGUCGUCGACGACGUGGUGGCCUCGUGCUUCGCCGCCGUGGCCGAGCAGGGCCUGGCCCAGCUGGCCUUCUGGCCCCUGCGUUUGUACCACAGCCUGAGCGGGGUCCGGCCGGGGGGCGCGGAGGGGACCGGGGUGCACUGGUACCCGAGGCUGCUCUACCGCCUGGGCCUCCUGCUGCUGGACGAGGACAGUUUCCACCCAUUGGGGGUGGCCGACAACAUGGCGGCCUGAGCCGUCGAGGCCCGUCGAGGCCUUCUUCUUGGAGGCCGGGCCCGCGCCCGGACUGCGCACGCGCGGGGAGGGCCGCGCGCCAGC